CUGAAAAAUGUGGAACUGAGAGUGCUUAAUGUUGUUUGAUCGUUUUUGAAUCCAAAAUUUUCAAAGUGUAUUUAAAAAUGCAAGAUACAGAAAUGGUUCCUUAUGCGCAAAAAGCUUUUGGAAGUCCAAUUUCAACACGGUCUAAUAGUCCAUCAGGUGUUACCGUCGGCACACCACCAUUAGAGACACAAAGUGAUGAUGAAAUUAGUGUAGGUUGUCCUAGUCCGGCACUAAAUAGUCCCAAACAUUAUGAACGGCAUCGAGUUAGCUAUGAUGAUGAAUCCACAAACACAAAUGAUAAAGAUAUGGAACCUCAACAAGGAGAUGAUUAUUUUAAACCGUUGAAAAAAUUAAAAAUGGUUGUAGAUAAACGAAUAUCAUCACCGACCAGAGAUUUGGAUCCGGAUCCAGAUGCGUCGGAACGUACAUCUUCAUCGUCAAUUGAACAUGGUGUAAAAAGUUUUUCAAUUAUGGACAUUUUAAAUCAUCGACCGUCACGACCACAAAAUAUAAAUAAUAAUAGUAAUUGUUCCAAUACAUCACAGCAUACACGAAUUGUGCGACCGUGGGAUAUCGAAACAGAAUCAGAGGCACAACAAAGUUUAGAACGAUUUCAUCGACAAUUAAAGGCACAACAUCAGUUAGCUUUAUUGAGACCAGAAUUUGCUUCGGCAUUUGCGGCAGCGGCUACCGCAGCCCAUCAUAAUCAAAGUUAUACAAGUGAAACUGGUUCAGAUCGUUCGAGUAGUGUGACAAGCGAUUGUUGUUCACCGGAUAUUGUUCCAACUACAUCCUCAUCACGGCAACGACAUUCGUCUGGUCAACAGAAAGGACCACCUGGAUCGACGCCAUUAGAUGCGCUGUUUCAAAUGACAUCGAAAACGUUUGAUCAAAAUAAUGGCGAAAGUAGUGCAGAUGGUCAAAACAGUCAUUUAAAUUUAUUUAAUAAUCGUCAACAACCAAAAAAGAAACGAAAAUCACGUACCGCUUUUACAAAUCAUCAAAUUUUCGAAUUAGAAAAACGUUUCCUCUAUCAGAAAUAUUUAAGUCCAGCUGAUCGUGAUGAAAUCGCUGCAUCGUUAGGUUUAAGUAAUGCACAAGUGAUUACAUGGUUCCAGAAUCGACGAGCAAAACUAAAACGUGAUAUGGAAGAAUUAAAGAAAGAUGUGGAAAGUGCAAAAUUAUUAACGGCACAUAAAAGUUUCUUGGAAAAUGUACAAGAUUUGGGUAUUUUAAAAAAGAAACCAAUGGUGAAUAUGAUUGAUGAGUGUCCGAAAAAUUUAGUGAUGUCUCAUGAUAAUAAAUGA